UGAUCUAGUGGGAUGUCCCUGCCCAUGUCAGGGGGGCCUGGAACUAGAUGAUUUUUAAGGUCCCUUCCAGCCCAAACUGUUCUGUGAUGCUAUGAACUCUCUGGGGACCAAUGGUAGGAGGCAAGGGAAUGGCAGGAAGAUGUGCAGGGGAGGGUCAGGUUCGAUAUUAGGAAAAUGUUCCUUGCUUAGAGGGUGGUGGAGCACUGGAACAGCUCCCAGGGAAGCAGUCACAGAGCCAAGCCUGACAAUAUUCCAGAAGCAUUUGGACAGUGCCCUCAGAUGCACUGUGUGAACAUUGGGGUGUCCUGUGCAGGGACAGGAGUCGGACUUGGUGAUCCUUGUGGGUCCCUUCCAACUUGAGUCAUUCUGUAAUUCUGUUACUCUUGUAGUGAUACUGAAAAUGCCAGCAAAUAAACUCUCUAAGGCUCGUUUGGUGUUUUAGAAAGCAAACAUCCUUUAAUCAGGCCUGGGUAACAUGAGGAAGUGAUCUCCAUCAAUUGUGUGCAAUGAGACAAGAGCUGGGUACAGAAUGUAUUUCCCACUUACAUGUAUGUGUAUAAAUUUUGCCAGCAAUCUUAUCCGUAUUCUAUUACUUUCCAAGGUCUAGUUGUAAUGUUACUAUGAAGCUUCACAACAGUCAAAACUCUUGUUAAUUUGGAGCUAGCUCCAGCUCUGUGCUUGACCUUGCCUUUGAGAUAAGAAGAGAUUCCAAACAGAGGUGAUUACAGAAGAAGAGAUGUGGGUUUGGCACAGAUCAUACUUCACACAAGGUGUUAUCAUCAGAGAAUGAACAGUGUCUGGGACAGAAACUGUCUAAAAAAAAUCUAUGCUCUCAGAGAAAGAAAACAUGCUAUCAAGAGAGACAUUCUGUGUAACUUUCAAAUAAGCUGAUGGCUUAAAUUAAAUUUUACUAUUUACCUCUUAACUAUUUCUUGUAUCAGGUGCCAACAGCAUGGUACCUCUUUUCAGCUUUAGAAAAUGUUCCUAAAGCAUUUAGUUUAAAUCUAAAUGUUCUUUAGAUAUGUUCCUAAAGCACAUAUCUCUGUUUAAAUUGUGAUAACUAUGCUUUCAUUCCCUGCUGUACCACAGUUUCACAGUCUGUCAUCUGAACUGGGAAGUUUGGGAAUUGCAGAAACAUUUACUUGUGUCUCUUCCGCAUUUCCUCUUGAUGUCCAGAAAGCACAAACGUUAAAGAGCUUGCGUUGACUGCCAUUGAGAAUAACACGUUUAUAGAUAUAUAAAUAGCUAGAUAAAUAAUUGAUGUCAUUGGGCAGAGAGUAUGUGAUUUAGGGCCAGAUCCUGACAAAUAAUGGACGCUGCAUGAGGUGCUGUGUACUUUGUAUUUCUUGUCAAGAAAAGAUGUGGUCUAGUUGUAAUAGUUCCUGAAGAUUUCUGUGUGGUGCUGCAGUGAUGAUGCCUUAUGUUUAUGAAUACAUUGAAACAGCUGUAUUUAUUUACUUUUUACUUCCUUCAAAAAGGAUGUAAAACUGGCCAAAUUGCCUGAGAAAGUGAUUCUAUUAUGUGUAGGUCCUGGAAGAGAAGGAUUUAAGGGGUGCAUAAGGUGCUUGUUUGAAGCACUCUGUAACCCUCAGAAGCCACAUUGUUUGGCCUUUGAGGGCUGUACUGCUGGCAUGAGCAGGAACAGCUGCUUCAGAGGGACUAUGAUGGUGCAUCCUUUAAUUUCUGUCUCCACAAACGCUAGAGAUAUUAAGGUUUUGUUGAGCCAUUCAGUUGCCCCCAAAAGGGGUGGCUCGCCCGUGGAAGUAGCCCACAAAUGGAUUUGGGUUUCUGGUUGCCAGUGGGACCAUAACACUAAAGAAACAUGUCAAAACUGCAGUGCUGUGUCCAGGUCUGGGCUCACCAGUUCAAGAAAGAACAUCACCAUACUGGAGCAAGUCCAGGGAGGGGCCAUAAAGAUGGUUGUGUCUGUUAGACAAGGUGAGGCUGAGAGAGCUGGGACUCUUCAGCCUGGAGAAAUACGAGUGGGAUCUUAUUCCCUCCUGUCAGGUAUUUAUACAUAUUUAUGAAGAAGAUGGAUCCAGACUUUGUUCAUUGCAGGGAAGGCACAAGAGGCAAUGAGCACGAGUUGACACACAUUUUUUUUUGUUUAAACAGAAGAAAAAUAAUCUACUCCUGUGUUAACUGAACACUGGAGCAGGAUCCCUAGAGAGGUUGUGGCAUCCAACUUUGAAGAUAAUCAAAACCCAACUGGAAAUGAUCCUAUGCAGCCUGCUCUAGCUAACCCUGCUGUGAGCAGGGGGAUUGGACAGAGGUCCCUUCCAACCUCACCCAUUCUGUAUGUCUGUGGUUCUCUAAUGUACAUGAAGAAACAUGUGUUUGUUUUACUUAAAGAAGCAGGUGUCCUGUGGCAUGGCAGAUGCAGAGGACUUCUUUUUGGAAGAAAAAAAAUUCAAGCAGUACUGUGAAGAAUUUAUUAAACAUUCACAGGAGAUAGGAGAUGGCUGGGAGUGGAGAACUACCAAGGACCUUGCUGAUGGUUAUCUUAGUAAAACACACUUUGAAGUAAGAAACAGAAACAUCCCGCCAGAUCUUGAGGAGAGAAAUGAUAACACUGAACAAAUGUUAUUUACACGUGUUGAAAAACUGUAUAAAGUUCCAUGGAAUUUGACAUAUGAAAGGUCCUGGUACUUGGGAACUGAUUGCUACAGACAUAAAUUCUUGAUCUGCUCAAAUAUGCGUUCCAGAAUCAGCACAGUUGGAAAUGCAGAGGUCCUCCAUUACCUAGGACAUUAUGGAAUAGAGACCUCAGCGGUGCUGUUUGAAAUAUAUGGACACCAGGUCUUUAUUGUGAAAUUAUUCUUUCAGGGAUUGAAGUGUAGGAAAAUUCACAGAUCUAAGUCACUGGAGUUUAUAUCCACCGAAGGACAUCUAUGCACUUGGCAGCUGUGUCCAAAAUUUGGUCUGACAGAAUCCCUUCUCACCUGCCGCUUACCUGGGAUGUGCUUGGGGGCCCAGGGAGUCCGAUACCAGGAGUCUUUGGAUGAUUCUGAAGUAGCUGGAAUUUGUGCAACAAAGGAAGUGAUUCGCUAUGAAUACCAUGUCUUGUACUCCAGCAGCUACCAAGUACCUGUGCUUUAUUUUAGGGCGUGCUUUUUAGAUGGAAGACCUUUAACUCUGGAUGAAAUAUGGAAAAGUGUUCAUGCAUGCUACCAAGCUCAUCUGCUGGAGGGGCCCUGGGACACUAUUACACAGCAGGAGCACCCCUUACUUGGGCAACCAUUUUUUGUUCUGCAUCCCUGCCGGACUAAUGAAUUCAUGUCUUCUAUACUGACUGAGUCACAGAAACAGAACAGACACACAAAUUACAUUAUAUUAUGGCUCAGUACUGUAGGCCCAGUUGUGGGUCUAAAUCUGCCCCUGAGUUAUGCAAAACUAGCACCUGAGCAGAAUACAAAUCCUGAUUCAGUUGAAAGACCUCUGAGAUGAACGACAAAUCACAGCUGUAGUAAAGCUACUGCAGACUUACCUAGUGAUGAAAUCAAACGAAGGAAUGUAGAAAGGUUCAUGACACUUUCUUUGGCAAGAACUUGUGGUUGCAGCAGAAGACCUAAGAGUUGGCUGCGGUUGUGACAACAACUCUCAAGCAUUGCCAAGAGAUGAACUCUUAUUUCGAUUACACUGACUGUUUGAAGUCACUCACUUCCUACCUCUCUUUCACUGAGGUUGUGGCCUUGGUAAUGCUGCACCCAGAUGCAGAAGCCUGUGGUUCCUUGAUACAGAGAUGCUGGGUGUGGACCUAUUAAACUUCUCUACUAAAAAUCAUGUCUUUAGAAAAUCAGCACCAUCUAUGAGGAUAUGUACAGCAAAAUGUUUGUAGGAUAUGGUUUAAGUUUGUGGUAAUCAGAGUGUGGGCUGAGACUACUUCACCUAGGGACCACCAUGUGACCACCUUCUCUCUCCACCACAGACCCAUGCAUGAACCAUCCUUGUGUUCCAUACCACACACAGAAUAUCUAAGCCAAAGACUGAUUAAUACUUUGCUGAGAACAUUUUGUGUACGUCAUGCUUUGGCAACAGACAGAAUCAGGACUGUAGACAAACAGAAUACUUAGAGUCUACAUUUGACUGAGCAUGUAGAGUUCUAGAGUUUUUGAGGUGUCUCAUGCUAUCAUAUGAGAACAUCUGGCUUUUCUGUGCCUCACUGCCUCCAAGGGAAGCUUUGCCAUAGUCUGUGGCAGUUACUGUUGUAGUCAAUUAGUAUUUUUCAUUGUACUGGUAGUUGUUCAUAGGCUUGGUCCUUAUCGUGCAGUCUUUAUGCAUGCCUACCCUGACAGCUGUUGAAUAUUGGGCAAGUAGAAAUUACAUAGUAGUGCAAUCAAUGAAAAACAGGUUAGAAUUAACUUCUAUACAUGUCAGCUUGGAUUCCUUCCCAAUCACAUUCUAUUUACAGUAUAAACCAAACUACAAGUCCUGAGCAGUUGAGAUGGAAUUACAAAUUGUACUUCGUAUGUUCAGCAAUAUGUCACUUGAAUCCACGGUCCAACGUAUGCCACAAAAAAGUUGGAAAUGUGAAAUGCAUCAGGUUUCAGAUUCUGGGUUUUCAGAUAUUUUAAUUGGUUGCAUACUUUUAAUUUGCAUCAUAUGUUAUUGGUGGAUUAAGACAGUGCAGUCUUUAAAAUUCCAUUGGUGCAGAAUUGUUUUGCCAGCCAUCUGGAAUUAAUAGUGAAAGUACAUAAUUUAUCCUGUUCUGGAUCAUGACAACAUGCAAAGCCAUUUUUCCAUGUAAGAUCUAUGAAAUAAGGCUUUCCCUUCAUUUACUAUGACAAUAGCUACAUUGUCUUUUUUAACACUUUUAGUAGUAUAUGCUUGAUAAUUGUAUCCGAAGCCCAUUUUCAAGUUUAAGAGAAUGUUAACACAGGAGAGAAAAAAGCCAAAACAGAUAGCGGGAGUUUUAAGAGCUGUUCAUUCCUGCUCCAUAAUCUUCAUCUUUGACACACUGGGAUGGAAGGGUAAAAGCACUCAGCCCUCCUCAGCUGCUCUGGAUUGCUAAGCAGCUCUCUGUCAGCUUCUCCUGCUUCUCUCUGUCAUGUCGACACACUCACACUGUGCUGGCCAGCCCUUGGGACCUUUAAUCCCGGUAUAACUUAGUACUGGCCUCACGUAUCAUUGUUUAAACAAAGGUCUGAAUUAGCUCCUGGUGACCUUAGGAUCAGGGAAGUGGAAAGGAUUGAUGGAAUUGUUCCCUAUAAACCGUUAGCUCUGAAUGCUGCAUCAGCGUAUCUGAGGAUCCGUUAUGCUUGUUUUCCCAAAGCAGCACAGAUGUUACCUGGUACUGCACUGAGGGCUGAAUAUACAGAAGAAAUUCCACAUUUAAACAAUAAAAAUAAUAAAAUGCCAUAUUGAAUAAAGAGUGGUUUUAGAAUAAUUUAGAGCUGAAAUGCUGGUUUUAGCAUUCUCAUAUACUGGACAAGAGCUGUUCCUUGGUAAAGGAGAAAAGUCUGGAACAACUUUAAGUCUUAUUUUCAGUAGUCGUUGUUAGACCUUAAGACGAUUCAGCUGCUGAGAUGCUGCUGUGCAGAAUUUGUAAGUACAGUUUCAUAGGCAUUUCUUGGAGACCAGCUCUUCUUGUUUAUGUCUUGGAAGCAGAAACUCCAAUAGGAGUUUUAUUCAUAAUAGGAUUUGGCCAGUUGGGUUUCUUCACUGUAGGCAAAACUUCUUAUUGGAAGUCUGUGAAGUAUCACUGCACCACUCAGAAAGUCAACAUCUCCUCCAUGUGACACUGUACAUCAGACAGUGUAACUUACAGAUUGUAGCUAUAGUUGGAAGAAAACAAAUGUGAAAUAAGUCUGGGAGAACAUACUCCAGUCACUAUCUCCACUCCAUCAGCCUUCCAUUGCACCUUCAUCUUCUCUUCUUUUUUUUUUUUCAAGAAUUACAAGAAAAGUGGAAUUUAUUUGUAAAUAAAAAUUAAACAUUUUUCUUUUACAUAGAGGAAUUCUCAAUGUCCAUUACUGUCUACAUUAAUUUAUCAUUUGUAAACUAACAGCGUUUUUUGGACAGGGCAUUGCACAUUGUACUAGACUUAAGAUUUCCUCUGUCAGAGACAACCCUCGGCACUUAUCUAGUGGAUGGCUGCAGAGAGCAGGAUAUUGCUUUGUUAUUAUCCUGACAGGCACGCUCUGAUUCCUAUAUGUCCUCUCUCAAGCAAUCACUCUACCUCCUAGAUAUCUUACAGCCAUAUGUUCAGUUGGAUGAACACUCAUGUUGUUCCCAGUUUCUGAAGCUGUCUCUGUCUUGCUUCCUUUCUGCUGCUGCUGCCCCUACAAAUUCCUCUGCAGUGCUUUGACCCUGUUCCCACAGUUACCGAGGCACAAUGAUAAUAACGGGGAGCAUGAAACGGAUGAGCAAAAUGACAGUUCCCCUGCCCUACUACAGUGCACAACAGUUUAGCACCAUAAAGAGUAAAGGAACAAGAGCAGAGUCAUCAUCAUUGGUGUCAAUGUUUCCCUGAAAUUUGUCCAGAAUACCACACGACAAAAAUGAAGCUCAGUUAAUACAAAUACACUAGGCUUAGAUUGAGAAACAAAUGUGGGAUUACAUAAAUAUUUUGGAUCAAGGAGAGAUAUAAUCCUGUUUAGAUAUCUACUUUCUAGUGGCUUAAGUGGGAGGCAGUCAUCUAAUUUCCUGUUUACAUCUGUGCCUUUAAUGACUUAUAGGAUAUUUUAUACAGAAUGUUUUGUACAAAAAUCCUAUUUUAUUUCACAAUCAAGUUACUUGCCGCGCUAUUUUCUGGUUUUAUUGAAGUGAAUCUAUUGAAGACUCUUAGAUCUGAACUUGUGUUUUGGCUGCAGAGUUUGGCUGCAUGUGUUCUGCAGCCUACCGAAAAAGAAAAUUUCCAGUUCCAACAGUUUUGUAAAUUUGCUCAGUCAUUCAUCCUUGCUAAUCUGGGAAGACAUAUUGAGGACCAUUGCUUCUGGGGACUUCUUUUUCAGAGAACUGACUCAUUCCUGCCCUUGGUGACAAGAAUCAGCAAGAAGAACAAAUUUUAUAUGUUCAACUGAGCCAAAAACAUGCUUUUCUUUGGAAUGUAAUUGCUACCUACAUAAUCCCUCAUUUGUGUCAGCACGAUCAGGUUAGAGUUUAACCCCCAUCUGGUCUGCCAGAAGGUUUGUAGUUGGUUGGUUUUGGUUACUGAGAGAAACAUUCCUUCUUUCAAGUUGCAUGCUUGUUAUCACAACUGUAAAUGUUGAGCUAGUUAAUUAAACCUGAAUAUAGUGAAGUAAUCAAAAUCCGUUCUUGUUGCAACUCCAUUAAUUCCAGCAAAACUUUUUCAGUAACUCUUUUUUUCCCAUUUGCUAUGACUAUAAUUUAAUGAGCUUGUUUGGACAACUAUAUUUGUGUGGCACAGCAUUUCAGUUCCAGCACAAAGGAAAGUAAUCGCUCUUUCUAGGAAUGGUGAAGUUACAACUGUUUCCUCCAAAACGCUUUAUUCUACAGAACAGUGUAUGGAAGAAUAUCUGUGCAUUUUUAGUAACAUGCAGGCUUUUAAAAGUGUUUCAGAGAGUUUAGAACAUUUGUUAGCCACAUGUUUUUACUGUCUAGAAUUAAAAAAAAAAAAAAAAAAGUGUAUCUGAUGUUCAUAGCUGCAAAACUGCCCUGUAAGGUCACUGCAGCUUUAAUUCCAACAUUAUAAAGCCAGGCUGAUAUAGUCAUUCCAGGAGAGUAGUCCUGAAGAGAGUAACCGUGUAUUGAGUGCUUGGGAAGAAUUCAGAAGGUGUCACUCCAGUUAUCUUUAUGUCUUGGAUUUCAUUAUAUUCUCAAAAAUUGUUGCACCACAAGGAAGCUUUCACUUCACCCCUACAGAGCUUGUUGCGAUGGUCACCUACUGAAGACAAGUUUCAUCUUAAGGAGAGAGAGUCAUUUACUGCUAUAUUUGAAAAGGAAUGGUUUUACACAACCUUGCCUUGAAUGUCUUUUUCCUCAAGCCUGCUAGAAAAGAAGGUGUUUUCCUGUAGUAGUAUUUUUCAGUAAUGUUCUCAGUACAGCACACUGAAAGACAGAGCGUUGUCUGAAGAAAUUAGGCUGUGUGCUUUGUGCACUGCUGGGUUCAGCAGCCGUGCUCUAUUUGCCUCAGCAGCAGAGGCCAGAUGGAGUAAAGAUACUCUUCAGGUGCUUCCUUUCCCCACCUUUGUUUCUGCCCAGGAUUAGGUUAUAAAGAAGAAUCCCAUUAGGGGGUUUUUAACCAGCACUCAUCUACAUCACCAGGAACAAUCCUCCAUGUCUCUUUUCAAAUACAACACCUUAAAAUGCAGCAACCAGUCUUAAUGAUUUUUGUUUCUGCAGAGCAAGCAUCGAAGUUGAUGCCACCCUCCUUCCAGGGGCAGGCAGAGCCCACAGCAGGGAAGAACAUGGGCUGAGACUAUGUGGAAAAAGAUUUGGCAAGCUGCAGCAAUUAAAUAGUUCUUUCCUUUGCACCCGAUGCAAAUAAAAUUCCUGAACUGAAUUUUCAUGGAUUCAAGCCAGGCCUCACUCCACCAAGCUUUGAUUGCUUCUUCAGGGUUCAUUCUCCUGCAUCCAGGAAUCAGGUAUUGUUAGCUUCUUAUCAUCAGCCAAGCUUUUUAAUAUUUACACAUGCUUUGCUUAAUGAAUUAGAGACGUGGACUGCUGUAUUGCACAGGUCACUUCUCUUGAUUUCUGUGAAUACCCCUCUGUUACAGAGGAUUUGGUCUGUGAAACACAUAGUUCAGUGCUUCUUCAUUAGGCUUAAAGCCCUUCUAACAGUGACUUGGUGGUGAAGUUUGGCUUGUGUCAUUUUCCUUUGACUUCUUUCUACAGUACAAAGAUCUCACAGGUUAUUCCUGGGCACUGGUAGAAUCCACAGCCAUACUUUUAGAAGAAUCCUGCUGCCCAAACGUUGACUAGUUAUGUGCUAAACUUGCUUGUAAAACAAAUCAUGAAAUGCAACUCAAAUUGCACAACUAGCCAUAAUAACAUAGUGCUUUACCUGUCCUGCUUCCAGUUCUGUGUGUUCUCCUACCCCUGGUAAUUCUUAUUAUCCCCUCGCCUUAAUAGCAGUCUCACCUCUGCUACACUAAAAGAUGUUUAAAAACCAAAGCAAAACAAGCCCAAAUUCAACCAAACCUGUAAAAUACACACAUGUGUGAUGAAGUGAUAAGCACCUGUGUUAUUCUCUUCCAUGUUUUUGAUCUAACAAGAUUUCAGGUAAAUUUACUCCAUAAGCUUUUGUGCUUUUAUGCAGCUUUUAGCCACCGUUUAGAUACACAGAGGCAACACGGCAGAAAGUAUUCAGUUUUCCUAAUAGGAAUUCACUGAAUCAGGUAAAAGCUAAAUUACCCAUUUUCAAGAUUUCCUCUGUUGAAGUCCACGUAAACAACGGUUUGGUUUACACCUUUUACGCUUGAGCUUUUCCCCUCAUUGUACUGAUAGCAACAUCUAGUGGCAAGAUUGCCUCAUGACAACGCCCUACUUUUGGAAACUGGUCUACCUCCACUUCCCUCCGGGUAAAUCUUCGUCUCCUCUACCGCCAGACUUUUAACAUUUGAAAAGAAUUUGAACUCCGAGGACUUCAGCCGUUCAAAGGAGCACCACUGCCAGCCCUACUCCUAAUUUUUGCUACACAAGAAAAACAAAGCAGAGAUAACAAAACCAGAUAGACUCAGUUUGCAGUAAAUACAAAACCAAAGCUGCUGAUUUUCUUAGUUGAAGUAAUGUAUCUCCUGUAGAAAUUGAGCUAGAAUCCUAACACUAGCAGUUGUGUAGGAUAACAUUUGGAUAUAUAAACCCAUGAUUUCUAGAUUAAACAAGCUGGCCGGGAUUUGUCUUUCCCACCAGGGACUGCUGUCACAGGUGCAAGCAGUGAGUCGCAGUUCAGCGUUCAGGUUCACUCAUCCAGUAGCUUCUGGUCCUUGUAAUCAAGGACCACCUGAAAAAAAUUAAUAACUUUCUAGCAGUUUUGCAUGUAUUUGUGUACCUGAUUUCUCUCACAUGUGUUCCUGCAGUUGGAUCGAUACAUAUUUUUGGUAAAUAUAAAUGUACUGAUGGCAGCCAAUGCUUUCAAACUUGGCAGUCAACUUGCAUCAUUCUGAUCCUAGAUGAAAACUGGAUUUCUGACACUUUGUAGGAGAAUAUGUAUGUUUCUCUACUAUGUGCUACCUCUGAUUACUGCAUAUCUAUUCCAAGUUUCAGAGAAGCAUGAGGCACAGCCAGAGCAGAGUGGUAAGGACAUAUCUGGGAUUUCUGGUUAUACAAUAGGAUGUUUGAAGAUACCAUGCAUGAACGUAGCUUUGAUUUGGUGAAUCUGUAAAAAACACUGGGCAGAUGUUAAAGAUCCUCAAAAUUCAUCUGCAGAACAUUUUUUGGUGAAAAGAGAACACAUCCAGAACAUGCAUAUGAUUUCAUGAAAGAAAAAAAAAUUGCCAGCAGCUAACCCUGCACUAUCUGAGGAAGCAGAAGGGAUAAGAAACCAGAAAUCACAGUAAAAAAAAAAAAAAAGCAGUAAAGGUGUUCCCAGGGGGCCGUAGGGACACCUGAUGGCAUGGCUGACCCAGCCUCUUCACAUAUACUCCGACGUGCUUUUUGACUGCAGUGCGCUAUAGGUACUGUGAAUUUACGCUGUGUCUGAGAUCAAUAACGGAGUUAAGGUCUUGCUCUGAAAAUAUUAAAAGGGAAUUUAAGUCCAGUUCCAACAGAGGGAAUCUUAAUUGUGGAAUCAGAGAGAGCAGCUUUUCCAUAGUUACCCCAUAACGCUGAAAUGCACCUGCAGCAAAAAACAUUUUCACUUUGACAGGGGUUCACAAGGGUGAGGGAAACCCUGGUUCAGUGCUGCAUCAUUGCCUGAACAAGGAUUUGAAUCCAAAUCUCACAAAUGCCCAGAUGACUAAGCCGCAAGAUACUCAGUUGUAGAAAAUCUUAAUGUGUUCUUAAAUUUUACAUAAUUUUCAUAUAAAUUAAUGAAUAAUAUUUGAAUCAGAGUAUUUUGGAUGAAAACACAUAUGAAUUGUGAUUAUCAUAUGGGAAUUGUUUACACUAUAACUUCAGCCAAAUAAAUAUUAAGAGGUUUCACUGUAUAAAUUGGCUCUAACAUGAGACAACCUAGUGCUCCACUACGAGCUUUGUGCAAAAUGUACUUUUAAGGGUCCAAAUUCAAGGUAAAAUAUAUGAGUGUAAAUACCGUCAGAAUAGAAAAUUUGGCAAUGAUUUAAAGGCUGAUUAAGAAGGACAUGUUGGAUUCUUUGCUGAUGUUCUAUUCUACAACUUGGUAUUAGUUCAGGCACCCGUAUUUUUAAGUGAAUUUGAAGAACUGGACAAUCUAGAGAGAAAAAUUAUUGAAGAUAUGAACUGAUUAAUACUUCAGUUUUUCAAAUAGUCUGAGUACAGUGCAGAUACAUUUGAAAAGUUAAAAAAAAAUGCAACUAAUUUAGAAGUUGUUUUUAUCUGGCAAAGACAGACAAAAAGCCAUACACAGAUACACUCAAGUCAGUAACACAGCCAUUAAAUGAAAAUAGCUGGAAUACACUUGAAGGAAACAGUUGUCCUAAAACCAAGCAGACUUGCUGAAGUCCAACUUGUUAUGACUUACUUUUCACUUAAGCAAAAUGAAAGCAACUCGUGAAAUUCUAUGGACUGAGCAGGACAGAGAUGAGAUUAGAUAAAUUUUUUAAUAAUCCUUUCAGAACCUAAACCUGAAUUCUGUGUUAGGUCCCAUUGCCUGUCUUCACACUAGAAACUAGAAUGGCUGUCAUCAUUUGAAGACCAUGAAUAAAUAUCAUUUGCAACAUUUACAGUGACCAUUUUUGAUUGGCAAAAGGCUGUUUUCCAAAGUAAGCACUAAAAUUGAUGCAGUUUCUCCUCCCAACUUACUCAAGGGGAUGUUUUGAUUCCUGAUGAAUUUAAUAAUCCUAGAGAAAUAUUAGGGGGUUUUAUGGCCAAAUCUAGCAGUAGGAAAUUUCAUUUCAGUUUCUGUGAGAAGAGUUUUAUGGCAGACACAAUGACUGAAAACUCCAGUUACACUGGACAGCACUCAUCUGUUUCUGUAAAAGGAUUGAGUCUGUAAUUAAGUUCUGAAUGGUGUAUUACAGUUAAUAGAAGCAUCUUUCAAACAGUAUGUACGCUCAGCCACUAAACAGAAUGGAAAAAAACCAAGGGGAUAACUACCUCAGGCUUUGGGAGAGAAAAAUCCCAACAAACCAACAGCCUUUAUAUAGUUCUGCAAUAGUGGAACUGUUUAUUGCGCAAAGUAGUUAUCCUGUGCUCUUUUCAUCAUAAGACUCAUUUUAACUGCAAAUGCUGUGCUAACAUCCACAAACUAGUCCAAACCUUUACUGACAGAGAAAAGCAAGGAAACACUAACUUUCCUGCAACAUCUGCCAGCAAACUUUUUAUUCCAACCGCUUCCACUGCAGAAGCCAUCCCCUAUGAUACGCUGGUUUGUGAUGAUGCAGCCCUAUGACAACAGUGCCACCAAAGCCAUCAUUAGACCAUUUUCACUUGUGUCCAGAAUGCGUCAGCUACACCAGACCACAUGUGCCUCUGUCAGGGUGACACAGUACUCUCCCUCUCCAUGCCCUUACAGCAUCCCAGCCCUUGUAAGCUCCUUAAGAAACAGAGCAAACACUGGAGACCUUUCCCUCUCCUACAGUACAGCCUACCUCCUUAGGUCAGAGCCCCAGGCAGCUCAGUGUUAAGUGUCAUGCUUGGACCCAAGCUUUGUAAUCUUCAUGGUUCUGCACAACAGGCAGUGUAAGAUUAGAAACUGUUUCACAGGCCCCUUUCGGUGACAGCUUUCAGAAAGCAGUUUAUGACGGCACAGAGGCCUCACAGAGAUCUACCACUAUGCCCUGACAGCCAGGCAGUCACCACUCUAGUUAUUAACUGAAGAACCCUUCCUGAAGGCACUGGCUCUCAAGAGUGGUCCACAAAGCACUAAACCACCUUUUUGUCCUAUGAAGUAAACGUCAGGUGCUGCCUGCAGACAGCUGUGUUGCUUCAUAAAACACAAAGGUCAAUUUGGAAAUGCUGUGCUGCUGUUAU